UAGAAUCUUCUGUCUUAAUAUGGCAACUGCAUCUGCCGAGGUCUUGUUGAGGGUGAUUCUUGCUCUUCUACUCAUGCUAUGUUUAGAUUAUGGCUCGGCGUUAAACUCGCCUCCUAAAAAGUAUCUUUUCAGCGACAAAACGCCGUAUCAUUUUAGCAGCAGGCCAAUAGAGAGGCCUCCGAGAUGCGAACCAAUACACAUCAACAUGGUGAUUCGUCAUGGCUCCAGAUACCCGGGAGGCUCUCGAAUCAAAAAAGCGAAAAAACUGCUUGAAAAGAUAAAUAGAUUCUUCCCUAAUAAUUCCACCUUUCACUACAAAGGCCUGUCACUUCCCUGGAGUUUCCCGCCCGAUAUCAUAAAUUCGGCUAGCAAAGAGAUGUCCGAACUAGGAACAGAAGAGAUGUACUCCAUGGCAAGGCGUUUCCUCUCUAAAUUCCGCGGGAUCUUAAAACACGGCUAUUCCAAUACUAACUACAGCUUUAUCGCCACCGACAAACUGCGAUCAAGUCAGAGUGCGAUAGCUUUCGCUCAAGGCCUUUUUGAGGGAAAAGGACAUUUAGGAAGCAUGAAAUUUCGUCCAGUAGCGGUGAAGUUUUCAGGUUCUUACAACGACGACAUUGUUCUACGAAUUUUUGAAGCUUGUCCAAGAUGGCAAAAGAUUACAGCGAGGAAAAGAUCUCAAUCGGAAUACCGAAAAUUUAUGAACGGUCCAGAAAUGCGAAAAGUUUCGCGUAAAAUCGUAAAAAGGUUGCGACUAAGCGGAAAGUAUUCCCUUCGUCCUGAGGAUGCUGUGGAAAUGUUUUUGAUGUGCGCAUUUGGGGUUCAGACUGACAGCGCUGAUAGCAGCUGGUGCUCAGUGUUCGAAGACGAAGAAUUUAAAGUUUUGGAGUAUCUGAACGACUUGAAACUUUACUGGGACCGAAGCUACGGGCGUAAAAUUAACUACAAUAUGGCUUGCCCUCUCUAUGCGGAGAUUACAGAUAGCAUUGAAAGAUUCCUCAAGAAUGGGAAACCUCACGGUAUUUUCCGAUUUGCGCAUACGGGAACUGUGAUACCUCUCUUCACUAUGCUUGGACUCUACAAUGACUCAGUACCACCCCGAGCGGACAAUUUUAACGAACAGGCCAACCGUACUUUUCGCAUUUCAGAUGUAGUACCCAUGUCGGCGAAUGUUGCCUUUGUGCUUUAUAAUUGUAAUCGUGACGGUGCGAAAAGAGAUGCAAAAGAAAAGAAUGAUUGCAUCGGACAGUGUCAACAAUCCGUUAGCACUGACAGGAAUGAAUUCGGAGGGACAUUUCAGGAAUCUCAUAUAAAAAUACAGCUUCUAGUAAACGAAGCGGUGGUCGCAAUGCCGGCCUGUGAAGGAAAAAUGUACUGCAGUCUUGAAAAGUUUCUGUCUUUUUAUUCGCAUAUCAAGGAUAACUGUGACAUCAACACAGUUUGUAAUAUACAUAGUAAGUGCAAUGCUAAUAAGGGAACUCGACCUAGAGAUUAAUUGUAUUUCUAAGGCCUUAAUAGAUAAAUAAAUGAUUAUUUACAUGAA